CUUCACUUUGAGAAGUUGGAUUCUUGAAUUUCUAGAUUGCCAUCUUCAGUUGCUCAGGUGGUGGAAUCCGCCGUCCGGGCCAUCGGUCGGAAGAGUGAGGGAAUUCCUGCCGAAAGCCUCGAACGCUCAUACAUUCAAUUGUUCUCGCUCAGUGACGACAGAGUCUCUUCUCUUCUAUCUCUGCAUCUGCAUCCGCGCCUGUCUCCCAAUCCCAAUAUUCAGAUCGAGGACAAUGGAACAACGUAGCGCAUGACACACACAUGCCUUUCACCUUCUCAUUUAUUGAAUAUUUACCUUCCGGCCCUUCACGGCCGGUUCUGGCUACUACACUUGAGCUCAGCGUCUUCAGUCCGACAUGUCGAGUCCACUGUCGGUACCUGCACCACCGGCCCAGAGGCCCAGCCUGUCAUGGCGCCUGAGAUCAGCCAUGAUCAUGGGUAUGACGGGCGUCAUAUCGCGAGUCUUCUUGUACGGAUUCAACACGGUCGAAGUGACGGGUCUCUCCAAUUUUCUUCACUUGCUGGAUAGCCGUAGGGAUUCAGCAAACCGGCAGCGUGGCCUUCUCACUGUUUCCAACCACAUCAGUGUAGUCGACGACCCUGUAGUCUGGGGUCUCCUCCCACUAAAAUACGCCUUUGACCCUUCCAACCUUCGCUGGGGCCUCGGCGCCCACGACAUUUGCUUCUCAAACAGACUCUUCUCCAGCUUCUUCAGCCACGGCCAAGUCUUACCGUGUCACCGCUUCAAGCACUCGCCUUACGGGGGACCCUUCCAACCGUCCAUAGCCCAAGCGAUCCGGCUGCUCUCAACACCCCCCUCUUCAUCCUCAUCCUCAUCACCACACAACACCCCACAGCUGCCACCCCCAGCGUGGUACACCACCACGGGGACCGACCUGAUCCACUCGCCGCUCGCCUACCCAGCCUACCGCCGAUACUCAUGGGUGCACGUGUUCCCGGAGGGCAUGGUACACCAGCACGCGACGAGCGACCUGCGGUACUUCAAGUGGGGGGUGGCGCGGCUGAUCCUCGAGUCCGACCCGGCCCCGGACGUGCUGCCCAUCUUCAUCGACGGCACGCAGCGCGUCAUGCCCGAGGACCGCGGGUUUCCACGCUUCCUGCCCCGUGUCGGCAAAAGGUUGCGUGUGGGAUUUGGUGAGGUGCUCGAUUACGAGGCCACCUUUGGGGAUCUGCGCCGCCGGUGGGAGGCGCUGGUGCGGAGGGAGAAUGGGAGGGUUGUUGCUGAUGAUGGCGCGGCCGGUAAGGAGAUGAUGGCGGUGAAGAAAGAGGCUUCUUCGUUGCCCGGUGAAUUGGCAACAGAGGAGCUCAAGUAUGGAAAAGAGGCACAGGAGAUUAGGAUAGAGGUCGCACGACGGUUGAGGGAGGAGAUUCUAAAGGUUCGGCAGUCGCUGGGCGGCUACCCGGAGCCGGAUCCGUCGUUCGCCUUUGCUGAGACUUGGCGGCUGGACGGGGGCAUCGGGGCAAAGAAGUACAAGAGCCGGGUGGACGGCAGCAACAUUAAUCAGGACUAGAUCAUGCUGCAGGAUGUAUUUUAGAGGCGAUAAUAGGUCAAAUCAAGGGUGGAUGCAUGGGCAGGCGUGCAUAGUCCUGCGCUUAGGAAGCUCAUAGAGGCGCAUGCGGUCGACGGUAUGAGCUACGGAGUAAACGGACGGCCUAAACAGUACCACAGACGCGGUUGCAGAGUCCACCAUCGUCAACCUAUCAGGGGAUUUUUGGUCAUGCUUUGUACAGAUAAUACAGCUCCGCGGCCGUUACUCCUAAGGUAUCAUUGCACGAACU